AUGGGUAAACACUCGUUGCCGGAUUCCAAAAUGGUGAUCUCAUCUAAUCAUGAAAUGCUGGCGUCGAUUGUUGAAAUUGAUUCCGUUGUUUCAAUUUUUGAGAGCAAACUAUUGGAACUUCACACCACAAGAUCAUGGGAUUUCAUGGAUGCUACUAGUAAUAGCAUAUUUAGCAAAUUCUCAGUACAAGAAAAAUAUGACAAUGUCAUCAUUGGUCAUUUUGACAGUGGAGUUUGGCCCGAGUCACCUAGUUUCAAUCCAGAAGGACUAGGUCCUGUGCCAAGUAGAUUUAGGGGAGAGUGUGAAGCAGGGGAGCAAUUCUCAGUGUGGAAUUGCAAUAGGAGUCAGACUACAAUGAAAAACCAAAAAGUAAUAUUUAUUUAUGUUUAUGAUUAUAAUUAUAAAGGUGAGAAUUAUCUCCAGUUAAUUGGAAGGAAAAUAAUUGGAGCUCGCUACUAUUACCAAGGAUACGAGGAAGACAGCGGGCCUCUCGCAGCCAACGGAAACCGGUACUUCCUGUCACCACGAGACGAUUUCGGUCACGGCAGUCACACCGCUUCAACAGCCGCCGGUUCCCUAGUAAACUCCUACAAAAUCCCAAACGUGUUGGAAACUCAGACCGCACGUGGUGGAUCCCCGAACGCCCGCUUAGCAGUGUACAAGGUUUGCUGGUUCAACCUCUGUAGCUCCGCCGACGUUUUCAAGGCCUUCGACGACGCGAUUGACGAUAACGUCGACAUCAUCACUAUCUCGGCUGGUCCGAAAUUCGACAAGUCGUCGAUGAAGAAGUAUAGCUAUGUUGAAGAUAUGUUCACUGUCGGAGCUUUUCAUGCGUUUAUGAGGGGAAUUUUAACGUGUGCGAGUGCGGGGAAUCUGGGAGAGUUUGGGGCGUCGUCUGUUGUGAAUUCGGCUCCUUGGGUUGUUACUGUGGGGGCUAGUUAUGAUGAUCGGAAUUUCCCUACCCUAGUUGAACUUGGCAAUGGAGUUACUUUGGAGGGAUUUUCAAUCAACAGGAACCAAAUAAAUGAUUUUACUGGGCUUAUUGCUGCUAUUUCUGCAGCAAUGUUCGGUGUUCCAAUAGAAGCAGCAAGGUAUUGCAAAAGAAAUGCACUUGAUAGUGAAUUGAUUGAAGGGAAGAUUGUGAUAUGUACAAUGGAGAGCUGGGACGAUGACACGGCAGACAUGGCAAGCGUGGUAAGUGAUGGAGGUGGAGUCGGGAUGAUAGUUAUCGAUCCAAAUGAUCAAAAACCUACUGAUGACUAUGACAUCCAUGUCUCUGUCAUUAAUUCACAAGAAGCUAAAACGCUUCACAAUUACCUCAUUUCAACAAGAGAGCCCGUUGCAAGGAUAUCACAGACGAGGGCACUUUUCAACUCAAAACCAGCUCCAAGGAUGGCACAUUUGUCUUCAAAAGGACCAGACAGAUUGACACCAGAAAUAAUCAAACCUGACAUAACAGCCCCAGGAAUGAACAUAUUAGCAGCUUGGCAUGCAAUGAAUUAUGAAAAUUGGGAUUAUCCUAGUUUCAAUUUUGAUAGCGGCACUUCCAUGUCUUGUCCUCAUGUUGCUGGUGUUGCUGCUAUGAUCAAAGCCCUUCACCCCACUUGGAGCCCUGCAGAAAUCAAAUCUGCCCUCAUGACUUCAGCUUUACAACUUGACAAUACUGGAAAACCCAUACAAUCUAGCACCGGUGGUUCAGCCACACCAUUUGAGUUAGGAUCAGGUCACUUGUAUCCGAACGCUGCACUUGAUCCAGGUCUUGUUUAUGACAUGAAUGCGGAGGACAUUUUCAUGUUUGUAUGCAACAAAGGCAUAACGCAAGACCUACUUCAAAAGCUCUUCGGAACAAUGUUGUUCUGCCCCUUCCCGCCACUUCCUGCUUACAAUCUCAACCUUCCAUCAAUUGGAAUUAACAAUUUGGUCGGCAAAACAACGGUGUCAAGGAAGGUCACAUACCGUGGACAAAACGUAGACCCCAUGGUUUUCCAAGUUCAAAUUGAGCAUCCUAGAGGCAUCGACAUUGAAGUGAAUCCAAGUGUUUUGGACUUCUCAAAUGGCCAGCAAACCCUAACUUUCAGCGUCGAUGUUUCAGUCAGGAAACCUUUGGGGAGGUUUGUUUUUGGAAGCAUUACUUGGUUUAACGAAGUUCAUAGGGUUAGGAGUCCUAUUGCCAUUAAAGCUAUGUGA